GCGUGCGACAGGGUGGCAAGCAAGUUGCGUAAAGGAGGCGCGACAGUUCACGCCUACAAAUGUGAUCUCACUGACAAAGAUGACGUCUACAGCGUUGCCAAGAAAGUCAAAGAAGAAGUCGGACAUGUGACCAUCUUGAUAAACAACGCUGGCAUUUUGAUUGCCAGAAGUUUUUUAAAUUGUUCUGACAAGGAGUUGGCCAAACAGGUCGAAGUGAACACCAUUGCACACUUUUGGGUAGGUUUAUGUAUUUGUGUACGAAAAACUAGAGUUCUUUUGACUCGGCACCAAACAGACAUUUUCCAACUAAAUUCUGGUUUCUUUUAGUAGCGUAACCAGCCCAACGAUUUAGUCCCGCUAUGCAAAUAUUUUCAUGUUCAUUGACAGUAAAAACAAUAAAUUUCUAAAGAAAUGAAUAAUGAUAAUAAUUUUGAAUUUUCAUAGCGGGACUAAAUUGUCGGGCUAGCUACGCCACUGGUUUCUUUCUGUGGUAGCACUAGUCCAAUAGGGAUGACUCUUACUAGUCUAGACCACUAGAGACAACAGUCUUUAGAACUGAUAGAACUAUGCAGUAUAAAUAAAGUUAGUUUAGGUCUUUUUAUAAACUGAUUUAGGCUGGUCAAAUCUCAAAAAAGUGUUCAUUUAACACAUUUUUUAUUAAUAUUAAAACCAACAAGAAUAUAGACAGCACUUCGCCACUAUUUCUUGCUGCAUUAAGCCGUAAGAUUUAAUUAUAAAUCGACAUCACCUUCGUUAUCGUAUAACAUGGUAGAAAUUAAGUUAUGUAUAACCUGAACCACAAUUUACUGCUCCAUUAGGAGUGCUAGAUAUAUACAGUACAUCGUGCUAAUUAGAAUUUAAAAUAUAUGAAAAGUUUUACUUUGUCCACUGUCCGACCAAUUUUUGACUUGGCCAGACAUUUGUCCUUCCAAGUAAAAUAAUUAUUUGCAGGCAUGGCCCCACACCUAAUGUGCCUAAGAGCCGCAUCUUUUUUCAUUUCUCUACUGAUUAAACGGCUUGGACCUUUAGGAAGAGCAGUCGGACAGAGAGGGUGCGAUAAUUCGCGUCCUUACGUACCGGAGGUACGUCAAUAUUACUGUCUGGUACUUCUUUGUUUUCAGCCACGUACCACGUAGGUACGCGGAACUCUUGCUAUCUGCGUACUUACUUUUUGCUGGUACCACAUGACCUUUCCAAGCUCAAAGUAUUCAACACCAAUCGUAGGUUCGAUUCCCACCGUGGACAGGCAUAUUUUUCAAGCUUGCCCGGUGUGGAUAUACACUCAGAGUAACAUCACACGCCUCAUAUUCACCUGAGUACAUUACACCAACACAGAAAAAAACAUAAUUUAGUUGGUAUAUAUUGUGUCUGAGAUGUCUUGGCAUGAAACAUGAUUGCACUGAUGGCACUAAGAAACGUUGGAGUCGAUUGUUUGUAUAUAUGCAAUUGUGCUUCCUUUUUCUACCUCGUAGUCUGCAUGAACGUACUUUUCAGAAACCUGUACUUUACGAACCUUAUUUUAAUGACUAAAUACACAUUGAGUACUGAGUUUGUGCAAACUUGUACGAAGCAACAACCAUUGGCGUAUCAGUCAAGUACGACUAAAAAUAUCGAAUUAUCGCACCCUGGUCAGACAGAUCUGAUGACUGAUAUAACUGUCCAAUUUUUCUAUAUGUUACUGUAAUAAUUUGUGUCGUGAAACAGGAUUUGUUUUUGUCAUAAUUCUCAGACUACAAAAGCAUUCUUGCCGCACAUGGAAGAGAUGAACUAUGGCCACAUUGUCACAGUCGCUUCGAUUGCCGGAAUGUCUGGUGCACACAAUCUUGUCGGGUACUGCACGUCGAAAUUUGGUGCCGUCGGUUUUCACACGGCGUUGGAAACGGAACUUAUGAUGAUGGGAAAAUCUGGCGUGAAAACUACAUGUUUGUGUCCAAUCAUGGUUGAUACGCCGUUGAUUGGCAAUGUUACAUCAAGGUGAUUAAUGCACACACGUAAAAACGUACAAGUUGUAACAAACUUGCAGCAGACUUGUAGCAAUUAAUGCUGUUCCAACAACUUGUCAACAGGAUGUGUUCGCACUGCUUGUUCCCAGCUUGUUGACAAGUUUGCUACAAGCCUGUUGUGAGAUUUUUACGUGUAGACAAUCAAACCCCUCGGGACCCGGAGUCAGAAGGUCUUGUGCACGCUAAUCUUAAGGUGGCUCCCUACAAUUCUAAGAAACAGGAGCGAAAAAUAAGGUCUUCACAAUGAAGCAAAAUAUUUGCUAUUCAUGUGAAUUUUUUUUUAAGUAGAAACGCUUGCGUAAUCUUUAUCUGAAGUAUAAUCGUUUGAAAGAAGCAAAUUGUGUGUUGCUAUGGUAACAAUGUGGCCUAUGCGACAGCAGACAAAGAUCAAAUUUUGGACUAAAAAUAAAUUUAUCAAAAUUUCCUUCGGUCAAAGUUUCAAAGUUCAAAAUUAGGGCGGGUUAUAAAUUCAGUUUUUGAGAUAUUACGCGAAAUUUGUUCCACAAAAACUGUUUUAUAGAAUCUUUUGAAAAUUGAGUAUAUUGCAAUAAAUGACUAGUACUUGCAAAAUACAAAAUGUCAGAAAAAUUGACCGAAGGAAAAAAGAAGUUAAUUUAUUGCAUUACAAACCAUGCGCGGACGAAUGAUAUUUUUGCUGACGCGAUCAAAAUUUCAACUCGACAAGAUCACGUCAUUUCGUUACCAGUCCCAUGCUUAACACAACUGUAGGGAGCCACCUUAAGGUCUUUGUCAUGGACUGACGGCGUAAUACUUCAUUCACUUUAUAGAUUUCCGUCAAUGUUUCCUAUUUUGAAAGCUGAAGUUGUUGCAAGAGAAUUGGUGGAUGGCAUGUUGCGCAACAAGAGUGUGAUCCUAGUACCAAAAGCCCUGAGAAUUAAUGUAGCGCUUCAGCAGUAAGCAAAUCAUAUCAUUUUUAUACGUUGAACUAAUGCUUUAUUUACAGGUGGUCCACAGGCCUUGAAAAUCCUGGAAAGUCCUGGAAUUGAAAAACAAUUCCUUGAAAAAAAAAGUCCUUGAAAAUCUGUAGAAAUCCUUGAAAGUCCUGGAAUUAAUUUCCUUAACCUCCAGCUGUGCCAACAUUAGUGAUUUUGUUAUUUCAAAGUGGGGCAAAUCCGUGCCAUUUUCAAAGAUUUUUCCCAGUUCUAGGUCCUUGAAUUCAGUGAAAAAAGGGUCUUGAAAAGUCAUGGAAAAGUCCUUUACAGUAAUUUCCCUUCACCAAAGGGUGUACACCCUGUAUUUAACAACGGUAAAACGAUCUGCAACAAGUUGUAACAAGGUUGUUGGUGUGAAGUCGAUAUCAGGGUGUGUUCGCAUUGCUUGUUCCCAGUUGUUGCGACAAUUCUGGAACAAGAUGUUAUCAUCUUGUUACAACGUUGAUGACGAUAACAGACUUGCUACAAGUUGUUCCAACAAACUAAUACAGGCUGCUCGUAACAACUUGCUACGAGCUUGUUGUCAUCAACUUGUUAACAAAUUGUUACGUGCAGACGAUAUGAGACUUGUUGGAACAACUUAUUGCGAGUCUGUUGGCCUCGUCAACCUUGUUACAAGAUGGUAACAACUUGUUUCAGACUUGUCAACAACUUGGAACACAUCUUGUUGAUAAGCAGUGAGUUACAAGUUGUUACAGGUCUGCAAACAAGUUGUUACGAAUCUGUUCACAAGCUGUCGAUAAGUUGUGUUCGCACUGCUUGUUCCCAGUUGUUGUAACAAGUUUGGAACAAGCUUGAUGGCAUUAUCAGACUUGUUAUAAGGUUGUUCUAACACGUCUGACACAGUCAUGGUAUAACAAGAAUGUUACAAGAUUGACGACACAAAGUUGUAACAAUAUUGCUAUGUCAUGACUGUAUCGGACUUGUUGGAAAAACCUUGCAACAAGUCUGAUAAUAUCAACAAGGUUGUUACAAGUUGUUAACAGCUUGUUCUAAACUUGUUUACAACUUGGGAAAAGCAGUGCGAACACAACUUGUUGACCACUUGUUGGCAGACUUUGCUUCGUGUGUGUAAGACACUGGAAUCUAGUCACGUGAUCGCUAGCGGUUUGCCUUUCGAGGUACACACGUAAAAACGCACAAGUUGUAACAACGCUGCAGCAGACUUGUAGCAAUGCUGUUCCAACAACUUGUCAACAGGAUGUGUUCGCACUGCUUGUUCCCAGCUUGUUGACAAGUUGUCACAAGGUUGUUGAGCUCAACAGACUUGUUACAAGUUGUCCCAACAACUUGUUAUCGUCCUGCAAUUCAACAAUUUGUCAACAACUUGUGAGUGACAACUUUGUAUAGCAACUUGAUAAAAUAACAGCAUUGUUACAACUUGUUGACAAGCUAGCUUGCUACAACAGUAGAAGCCUGUUGCGAACACAUCUUGUUGACAAAUUGUGAGAUUUUGACGUGUGUAGUCGUGAAAACACGUCAAUCCUGAGGUCAUUAUCGUUUUAAAAUUCUUAGGUUUAUGCCAGAAAAAGCAUUGAAAUUGCUGUAUCAGUUCUACAAUGUUGGAUUUGAGGAAGAAACGGCUGAAGUCAUGUUCCAACGACAAGAACAAGCUGCUUCGCUCGAAGAGAAGAAAGCCGAAUAA